CUUCGGAGUCCUUCGCUAUCUUUUUCUCGGUGGUCGAAGAAGAGUGCGUGAGAAAUGAGGAGGAGCUCCUCCGACGAGGAGCAGCAGGUGAUCUCUGAAGGAGGGAGGGGUACAUGGAGGCACGCGGCGUUCCACGUGGCGACCACUAUCGCCACGCCGGCGGCCUAUGCUCCCUUGCCCUUUGCUCUCGCAUCCCUUGGCUGGCCUCUUGGUGUUUGCUGUUUGGUUGGUGGAACACUCGUGACAUGGUAUUCCAGUUUAUUAAUUGCUUCAUUAUGGGAAUGGAAUGGAAAGAAGCACACUACUUAUCGUCUACUUGCAAAAAGUAUAUAUGGAUCCUGGGGUUAUUGGUCUGUAACACUCUUUCAACAAGUGGCUUCUUUGGGCAAUAAUAUUGCUAUCCAUAUUGCUGCUGGAAGCAGUCUUAAGGCAGUGUAUAAAUAUUAUCACAGGGAUGGUACUUUAACAUUACAGGAUUUCAUUGUUUUCUUCGGGGCCUUUGAGCUACUUUUAUCACAACUCCCAGAUAUUCACUCACUACGGUGGGUAAAUGCCUUGUGCACAUUUAGUACCAUAGGCUUUGCUGGAACAACCAUUGGUGUGACUAUAUACAAUGGAGAAAAUAUUGACAGGAAGUCAAUCAACUACACAUUGCAAGGGAGCACUUCAUCUAAAAUUUUCAAAGCCUUUAAUGCUCUAGGUGCGAUUGCUUUCUCAUUUGGAGAUGCAAUGCUUCCAGAAAUACAGAAUACUGUAAAGGAACCUGCAAAGAAGAACAUGUACAAAGGUGUAUCAGCUGCAUAUGGGAUUAUUGUUUUGACAUACUGGCAACUGGCUUUCACUGGUUAUUGGGCAUUUGGGUCUCAAGUUCAGCCUUACAUCUUGUCCUCCCUCACGAUUCCAGGAUGGACCAUUGUCAUGGCGAAUAUAUUUGCUGUUAUUCAAAUAUCAGGAUGCUUUCAGAUAUACUGCAGGCCAACUUAUGCAUAUUUUGAAGAGCGAGUUCUGUCUAAAAAUACAACUUACGGCAUGCGCAUCCAGAAUGCUCUAUGGAGACUUGCUCUUACCUCAAUCUAUAUGGCUUUGAUUACUCUAACUGCUGCUGCCAUGCCGUUCUUUGGAGACUUUGUUUCCAUCUGUGGAGCUAUUGGGUUCACCCCUCUAGAUUUUGUGUUCCCAGCCUUAGGUUUUCUAAAAUCUGGAAGAAUGCCCAAGAACGGCAGACUAAAACUUCUGGUGCAGAUACUAAACACUGCCAUUGUUAUUUGGUUCUCUUUUGUUGCAAUACUGGGUUGCAUAGGUGCUGUGAGGUUCAUUGUCAUUGACAUCAAGACAUACAAGUUCUUCCAUGACAUGUGAUCUUAUAUUUUAGCUCAUCCAUGUCCCCAUCGCCAGGGUGUUGAUUAGCUUUCUGGAUUCUGGGCUUAAGCCUGCAGAUUAUGCUGUUAGACUGAAUGGCCGUGAGUUGGACACUUCAAAUUGAUUCCAGACCAUGCAUGGAAGUGUUUGAUCUUACCAAAGCUUGUUUGACUAGCUUGGGAAUUCAAUUUAAACCUUAUUAUUUGUAUUGUUUAAGUUUUUGAGAUAAUUGUAUUAUGUAAUUUGUUUUUUUUUGGAGAUAAUUGUACAUGACCAUCUUGUUUAAUGAGGCUGUGAUUUGUGAAGA